AUUGUAUCCUCUUCCAGCUGACAAGACUCCUCAACAAUCUAUUGCCUCGCUUUUCGUAUCCCUUUUUCGGGAAUCGAGCAUGCAUCUCAUGCUUUGACCUUCCCAAGGCUACACCUCAACCGGUUAAGUUUUUCAUCUCAAGCUGGCUGGAUCAGCCUAUCCCAUACCGCUCUGGCUACGGACGAUAGUGUAGCCGUGGCUAUGCGGCGUUAUGUUCAUACAUGUCUAUAGAGGAAUACGGCAGGGAUCAAGCUCCUUGAUCAUAAUAUCAGAGUUGAGGACAUGGUCGGAGUUAUUCACGGCCCAUUCAUUAAGGGUAUAAUAUCACCCCCAGUACUCGAAGGCAAAUUCACGCCUCCUGUAGAAAUCCGACGUCAUCCUUAUAACCAGACAUCUUUUAUCUCUUACUGUAGCCAUGAAGCAGAUCGUUGAACAUAGUGACCACCAGGAGGGUACGCAUGUUACCGUCCACUCAACUGAUAAGUCUGUUUCUUCUCCGCUUGGUGUUAGCGUUAGUUCAGAUGAGAGGGAGGCUCUUCAUCCUCAACUUCUAUGGGGCAGAGUGAGGGGGUACAUCCGCGAAGCCUCUUCCGAGUUCUUCGGCACGAUGAUACUAGUUCUCUUUGGAGAUGGAGUCGUCGCCCAGGUAACUCUGAGCCAUGGCGAGAAAGGAGAUUACCAGUCUAUCUCAUGGGGCUGGGGCCUUGGAGUCAUGCUCGGUGUCUACGCAAGCGGAAUAUCAGGAUCCCACAUCAAUCCCGCCGUGACCCUUGCCAGCUGCAUCCUACGCAAGUUCCCUUGGCGCAAGUUCCCCAUCUACGCAAUUGCCCAAGUACUCGGGGGCAUGUGUGGCGCAGCCAUCGUCUAUGGCAACUACAGAUCGGCCAUAGAUAUCUACGAAGGUGGAUCUGACAUCCGAACCGUCCCAGGCUACUCGAAGACCGCGACAGCUGGCAUCUUCUGCACCUACCCAGCCGAGUUCAUGACCAGGACGGGCCAAUUCUUCUCCGAGUUCAUCGCCAGUUCCAUCCUAAUGUUCAUGAUCUUCGCCUUGAAAGACAACGGCAAUCUUGGUGCCGGGCCCCUGACACCUCUCGCCCUGUUCUUCGUCAUCUUUGGCAUCGGCGCUUGCCUCGGAUGGGAGACGGGCUACGCGAUAAACCUCGCCCGAGACUUCGGCCCCCGUUUAGUAACUUAUAUGAUCGGAUACGGUCCACAAGUGUGGACUGCUGGCAAUUAUUACUUUUGGGUCCCCAUCAUCGCCCCCUUCCUCGGAUGUACCUUCGGCGGUUGGAUCUAUGACAUGUUCCUCUACACCGGCGACGACAGCCCCGUCAAUACACCCUACAUAGGCCUACGGAGACUCUUUCCACUACGUCAGAAACAACACAACUCAGGAGAUCAUGUAUAGCCAACUAAGCCGACAAAUAUACUCGCAAGAUGUGAAGACUUUGCUGACCGCCCUGACCAAGACCGCGUCAAAUCUCCCCACAUAUGCCAUCGCUAAACAAGACGUCAAUACAAGAUGAAUUUGAGUUAAUAAAGCCGAGUUGUAAAGCGUA